AAGUGAGCAGAAGAUGCUACUCCAUUACUGCACAUAGAAAUUAAUUAAUUUCUAAAUUAAUAUUUAACGAAGGAUUAAUAUGCCAUAAUUGUGAUAAAGUAUUAACCAAGUGUUGUCUAAAUAUCGUGUGGAAUUCACACCAUGUUGGACGUUAACUCCAGUUCAGUGAAAUUUCAACAAGAUGAGCCGAUGCACGAGAUGCCCACGCUGCAAUGUAGCGAAUGGACGUACACCAUGAGGAGAAAUAUGCAAGAAAUCGUCCCGGGGCUGUUCCUGGGUCCGUACUCCUCUGCUCAAAAGCACUGCCUAAAGACACUCCGAGACCACGGCAUUUCGCACAUAAUUUGCGUCCGACAGGACAUAGAAGCCCAGUACAUCAAGCCCCAAAUCAAUGAUCUCUCUAUAACGUAUUUAACUCUAAACAUAGCGGACACAGCCACCGAAAACAUCAUCCGGUUCUUUCCCACUGUGAGGCAAUUCAUUGACGAGGCGUUUCAGCGGAACGGCAAGGUGUUGGUGCACGGCAACAACGGCAUUUCCCGCAGCGCCACUUUAGUCCUAGCGUACAUUAUGGAAAAGUAUGGAUUGAGUAGCAAGGAGGCUAUUGAGUGUGUGAAACAACGACGAGGGUGCAUUCAUCCGAACGAGGGUUUUUUAGCACAAUUGAUUGAGUAUGAGCCGAUUUAUAAAGCGCGACAAACUCUGGAAAAGGGCGAGACUUCGAACGAUAACAAACGCCAGAAACGUAAGUCCGAGCAGCUUUGCGAAAGUAUAGACUAUGAUCUCAUCCAACCGCCUCCAAGUCCGAUUUCCGAUAACAAUAACCACGUCAUUAACUGCCAACCGGACUUUUCCAACCACUUGUAUAAACUGUGGAUGAUGAAGAAAAGUUAAAACUGUUGAAUCUCUUGCUUCUGUUAGAAUUUUUGUUAUGUUGUUUUUACUUAAGUUCCGUAAGUUUAAUAUGUUGAAGUUUUUAUUUUUGUUGUUCGUUUAUCCUUUGGAAAUUUUUCUUCAGAGUGCCAUUGCGUUUAUUUGAUAAAUUCCGUCUUGAUUACUUACAAAGGGAGAUUUCAAGUUUCAAGUGAAAUUUCUCCACCAAUACUCAGAACUAGUCAAACGUUGCGUUGUUUAAUUUUGUAUUGAAUGACUCAAUUGGUUAAUUUAAUGAAUUAGCGUUGGAGGAAUUGUGUGGAGCACAAUUAAACUAGUUUUAUAACCUGCAUAAUCCAAUGAGUGUCUGUAGAGAUUCCUCAUGAAACUGAUAUUUAUACUGUAUUAGUAUUUUUCCAGCUAUGUACAUAAAAAUAGUGCCUAUUUCUAUGAAACUGUAAAUUGAUAAAUUAGUCUAAAGAGCCUAUUUUUAUACUUUUGUAACAUUUGUUUCGUUCCUGAAAUAAAUAAUAUGUUAAGUGUUACAA